UUGGCACUAUUUGAAUGUCUCCAUCAUUAACUCAUAUAAGAGACUUUUGGAAUGCACAACUCAAUUUUUGUUGUUGUUGUUUCAAAAGACUUGCGAUAAACACAAUUCCUAUUCUUUCCAUCAUCCAUUGUUUAUUGGUAUUGUGGAAGAUUUUGUGUCCGUCGAUGGCAAUGGCCAACCUUCCCUUAGGUGUUCAGUUACAAAGGCUGCAACAACAUAACGAGACUAGUAAAGCACAAGGCAGCACAAGUUGGAAGAAAAAGUCUGCUAAAAAUAGGCCCGUAGAAGCACCAACGAAAAGACCUAUCGGAGGCUUUGAAAAGGCUUCUUAUAGUCAACGAAAGAAAGGUUUCGACCCUCGUUUUGAAUCCCUUUGUGGGAAAUAUGAAAGACAUCACUUUAAUAAAUCAUACGGCUUUUUAAGUGAUUGGAUAGAUGAAGAACAGAAACAACUGGAAAGUCGAUUGGAGUCAACAAAGGAUCCGAUGGAGCUGAAUUCUUUGAAAAUAGAACUAUCACGCCUAAAAAAGUUGCGUAAUCGGGUUCUCAAAGAAACAAACAAUAGAAGAAAGGAGUCCAAGUUGCGUCAAAGCAGUGGAAAGCGAAUAUUUAUUUCCCAACGUAAGGCAAAUGAGGAAAGUAUGAAAGACAAAUAUGAAGCUCUCAAAAAGUCGGGAAAAUUAAAAGAGUAUAUAGAGAAAAGGAGAAAGAAGCAAGCUUCCAAAGAUCGUCGUCUGUUGCCAACAAGACGAAAGACAAAUAUGACAUAGUGCUUUGUUAUAAUUGCAUAGAAUUGAAAGUUUGUAUAUUUUCUAUAUACGAAUUUUUGGAUAUUAUCAUGUCUGUUUUGUAAAGACUUUGUUAUGAUGGCUCACUGCUCAUUCCAACGCCGAUU